GAAACCAAGCUGUGAGCACCGAAAUGCUCGAAGUCACGUGUGAGGCGUUGUGGAACGUGUCAGCCGCCAGGGCGCAAAGUUCAGUGGAGGCCGACAAGUACCAGAUUUGGGCUGAAAUCGCCAACCAAUCUUGGAGGGGUGCGCAGCGCUUCUUCCAGCAUGUCACUGAUCAAGAUGCGCUAGAAAAGCUCUUCUCAGACUUCGAUAACUUCAUCAAGUCUUUGCUCUCCACCAAAAUGCUCCAUAUCUUGCUUGCGAGGGGUCAAGAGGCGGCAGCGAAGUGUUGCAUUUAACGGCGCGCAUUUCUCCUCGGAGGAUCUGACGGAAAUUUGUGGCAGUUUUGUGCAGGAAACCGAACGGAAAGGCUGGCUGAACAGCUUGCUGAUGCAGGCAUCAGAUGCAUCCAUGCGACAGCUGCUAUUAGAGCAUGGUGCUGAUGCACGGGCAGCAGACAACAAGGGUGUCACCCUUCUAAUGGAAGCUGUUAGAUGUAGCCACGUGGCUAUGGCCAAGCUGCUGUUGGAGUAUUCUGCUGAUGCACGGGUAGCAGAUAACAAAGGUGUCACGCCGCUGAUGAUUGCCGCCUCACAAAAGAACCUUGCUGUGGCCAAGCUCCUGUUAAGCCAUGAUGCAGAUGCACAGGCAGCAAACAACGAAGGCUCCACAGCACUUAUGGGUGCUGCUGCGGGUGGUGACACGGCAAUGGCCGAGCUGUUGUUGAAGCAUGGUGCUGAUGCAGAGGCAGCAAACAACAAAUGUCACCCUUCCACCAUGGAAGCACCAUGCUGAUGUAGGGGUGGGGCGAUCUGUGCUGCUUUGGUUUGAGCAUGGUGCUGAUGUCAGAGGAGCAAGGAGCAAUGGUGUCACAGCACUGAUGGUUGCUGCAGGUGGCCAUGAAGCUGUGGCCGGGCUGCUGUUGUCUCAUGGUGCUGAUGCAGCAGAAAGGAACUGGUAUGGCCGGUGAAUUUCAGCAGGAGCUUGAUUGGCACAGUAGAGAG